GCACUCCGACAGCAAGCAAUGGACACGGCCAUCGACAGCUCGACCAGCUCCCCUUCCUCAUCGACUUCCGGGCACGAGCACGGGGAGGUGGUGCCUGUGUGGUCGCCGGCGGCGAAGCGGCCCGCCGGGCGCACCAAGUUCAAGGAAACGCGCCACUCGGUGUACCGCGGCGUGCGUCGCCGGGGCAGCGCGGGCCGGUGGGUGUGCGAGGUGCGCGUCCCCGGCAAGCGUGGCGAACGGCUCUGGCUCGGGACGUACGUCGCCGCCGAGUCGGCCGCGCGCGCGCACGACGCCGCCAUGCUCGCGCUGCUCGGCCGCUCCGCCUCCGCCGCGGCGUGCCUCAACUUCCCGGAUUCCGCGUGGCUGCUCGUCAUGCCCCCGUGGCUCUCCGACCUGGCCGAUAUCCGACGCGCGGCCAUCGAGGCCGUCGCGGGUUUCCUGCGCCUGGAGGCCGCCGCCGUGGUGCCCAUCGUCGACGAGGCCACCUCCCCCGUGUACCUGCCGUCGCCCGUGGACAGUGCCGACAAAGUGUUUCAGUUGCCGACUUUGUCUGCCCAGGGCAGCGACAUGUUCGAGCUCGACAUGUCCGGCGAAAUGGACCUGGACGCGUACUACGCGGGCUUCGCGCAGGGGAUGCUCCUGGAGCCGCCCCCCACGCCGGCGUACUGGAAGAACGGAGAAUGCGGCGACGGCGGAGCGGCAGCCGGCCUCGGGAGCUACUAAUGUAGAUAACCUCCAGUGGGUUUUUUUUCGCGAAUAAACCUCCAGUGGGUUCACACUGAGGAUUUUGAACUAUAAGAAAACACCAACUGAAUGUCACUGUCAGUUG